GUUCACACUCUCUCUCUUCUGCUGCACGACACGGUCCAGCAGUCCGCUAUGCGCUCUCCAAGGUGCGACGGUGUGAUGCCCACCGGGCUCUCCAUAAAGUAACGAAAGCUCUCCAAAACACUUCUUUUUUCCCCUUUUUUUGUGUUACCAACGAUGGAGGGCACAAACAACACGACAGCCUGGCCUCAGUUUGAAAACUCCUCCAACAAAACACCCAAAGCUGAAGAAGAGGAGGUGAAGCUGAGUUACCAAGUGCUCACAUCCUUUCUGCUCGGCGCGCUCAUUCUGUGCGCAAUAUUUGGAAACGCGUGCGUGGUUGCGGCCAUCGCCUUGGAGCGGUCUCUCCAGAAUGUGGCCAACUACCUGAUCGGUUCUCUGGCUGUCACGGACCUGAUGGUGUCGGUGCUGGUGCUGCCCAUGGCGGCGCUUUACCAGGUGUUAAACCGCUGGACUCUCGGGCAGAUCCCGUGCGACAUCUUCAUCUCCCUGGAUGUGCUGUGCUGCACGUCGUCCAUCCUGCACCUGUGCGCCAUCGCGCUGGACAGAUACUGGGCGAUCACGGAGCCCAUAGAGUACAUGAAGAAGAGGACGCCGAGAAGAGCCGCCGUCCUCAUCAGCGUCACCUGGCUGGUCGGGUUCUCCAUAUCGGUGCCGCCGAUGUUGAUCAUGCGCUCCCAGCCCGGCAGCAUGGCAGAGGACAGGGCCAACCCCAAGCAGUGCAAGAUCAGGCAAGACCCCUGGUACACUAUAUACUCUACUUUCGGGGCUUUUUACAUCCCGCUGACGCUAAUGCUGGUUUUAUACGGACGGAUAUUCAAAGCCGCCAGGUUUCGGAUCAGGAGGACUGUGCGUAAAACGGAGAAAAAGAAAGUGUCCGACUCUUGCCUGGCGUUGUCCCCCGCGCCGUUCCACAAAAAGACUGCCGGAGACGCGCAGGGCAAGAGCUGGAAAAGGAGCGUGGAGCCCCGGCCGCUGGCGAGCGUCAACGGCGCGGUGAAACACGCGGAGGACGGCGAGUCCCUGGAGAUCAUCGAAGUGCACAGCAGCGCCAGAGGCAACCUGCAGCUGCCCAACACCCCCAGCGCGGUGCCGCUGUUCGAGAGCAGGCACGAGAAGGCGACGGAGGCGAAGAGGAAGAUCGCGAUGGCCCGGGAGCGCAAAACGGUGAAGACCCUGGGCAUCAUCAUGGGGACCUUCAUUCUCUGCUGGCUGCCCUUCUUCAUCGUCGCCCUGGUCAUGCCUUUUUGCCAGGAGUCGUGCUACAUGCCCCGCUGGCUGGAGGAUGUCAUUAACUGGCUGGGCUACUCCAACUCUUUACUCAACCCCAUCAUUUACGCGUACUUCAACAAAGACUUCCAGAGCGCGUUCAAGAAAAUAAUCAAGUGUCAUUUCUGCAGACCGUGACGGGCCAUCAGCCCCCCCCCCCCACCCCAAAACAGAACAAACAACAGCCUUUAAAAAAGCGGCACAAAGAGAUUGUUCUGAAAACAGAAUGAUGCUAUAAAACUGCAGAGGGCUCAUAAUGAUUCUACUGUUCCAUCUGGUCGUCUGUAGCCUAUGCAUAGAUACAGCUGUGGUCGUUUUUGAUUGAAGUUUCCAUGUUCCUCAUCCUGUUCUGUAAUGUUAAAUAAAGAAGUCCCUUUUUCACAUUUUUUUUCAGAAGUCCUGAUUUUGAAAUGUAUGUAGCCUUCAGAUGUGAAAUUGUGCAAAUGAUAUGGUUUCUAAAAAAUAUAUAUAAAAUGAGUGUGUGUGUGUGUGUGCUGAACAUACAAUCAGCAGAAAAUUAAGUGCUAAGAAUUUUGAGAAAUGUAUUAUUAUUAUUAUUAUUUACUAUUAUUAUUAAAUAAUAAAGGCAAUCCCAUUGAGACACAGGGUCUAAUUUUUUUUAAAUAUAAUUUUUGGGCAUUUUCAGCCUUUAUUUUUGACAGGACAGCUGAAGACAUGAAAGGUGAGAUAGAGGGGGGAGUGACAUGCAGCAAAGGUACGCAGGUCAGAGUAGAACCCGUGGCCGCUGCGUCGAGGGGUAAGCCUCUAUAUAUGGGCGCCCGCUCUAACAGGUGAGCUACCCAGGCGCCCGUGUAGAUAAGAUUUAAAUGAAAGUGCCAAGUACAAGAAGACUUAAAACACUAAAAUACUAAAAAAGAAGAACAAGUUUCCAAAGAUGCUUUUUCCCUGUGCGCUUAAAAUGA